UGUUCCGGGAGGGCGAACUGGACGCACUGAUCAACCAUCACGUCACUAGUCUGCACAUCGUUUCAUCGUACUAUGAACGAGCUUCCUGGUGUGUCGUAGCCGAAAAGGUACACGUAUGGACUAUUUAAGCGGAUUCUGCUGAUCACCGGUGCCGAGACAUAUCUCGGUUCUUAUCAAUGGCGCUGAGUAACUUCGACAGUCGUUCCGCAGCUUCCCUGCAUGAUGUAGCCCGGCCUUUCUUCAGCGCCUCACGAUUGCUACCUUACUUUCGAAACUGAUGGCAAACUGAUGACUGAUUGUUCAGGCAAAACUGCACCGAAAAGACCGGGGACACGGCCAGGUUACCAUACUGCUCUUUACCAAGCCCUUUCGACCUCGCGCCUGCUUUGCUAGCGAUGCAACUGGCGAGUUACUUGAACCUAAUCUCUGUGAUUGAACUAUAUAUCCGGUAUGACACUACUAUUCCACAUGACACAUGGCACAAGCCAUGUAAUUCGAACUCGUUAUACUGUGCGCUCGGGGCGCUAGUAGCAACAGGGUAGUGCCCAAACGGUGAACAUCGACGCAAGUGGUGCAUAUAUUUGUAAAACCCAUAAAAUCCGGUUCAUCAAUGUUGUAUUAAAAUUACUUAGCGAGCUAUAGUCAGCCAGAACUGCUGCUAAAAACUCAUAAGAAAAACACGUCCUGCGUGAGGCAUUGAUUUCAAGAUUUCUGUUGCCUCUAAUAAGCAGCUUUAUCGAGCUAAACCGAAAUCAUUAGCCUAUAAGUCUAGACAAUUCCGAUAUUAUUGCGGCAAAAUGACGUGCGGCGGCUUAUGAAGACAACAAAUUGCGAUAAAACAGGGAGUUCCGUAGUACACCCAAAAACAAAACCGCAAGAAAGCUGCAUUUGCGGCAGAUAACAAGUUGGUUCCAUUUGUGUUAUAGUGAUGCGUCCCUCUAGUUCUUCGUUUAAUAUUCGAUAAGUUCUAGUUUGUCUUACCCAAAUUUCUAUCAACUAAAGCAGCGGCUGUAAUAAGCAAUCUCAGUUGAGCAUGUGUACAGCAUGUGUAGGGAGGCGGAGUUAAAUUAGAGCUUCGCUUACAAGACAACAAAAACUCAAACCACAACCCACUUUUCGCAUAGAUGGCCUAGUCAGGAAGAGCAGGACUCGCUAAUGUCUAGCGGAUUCCGUUUUUCUACUUUGAGAUCAUUCAAUUAACCCAUGCUGCAACUCAGCUGCUGUAUAUAGGGACUCUGCAUUAAUAUCGAUCGCUAUCAUUUCUCUCGCAUACAGAACAUUAUUACAAACACUCAGCAAAACUUUCCAUUUUUUUUACCUUUUUCUGAUUGUAAGAGAUUUUGAUGUAUGAAGUCGAACGUAUUUAACAAAACGCAUCGACUAAGUUUAUCGGCGACUGCAAGCGAAAGAUUAGAUUCUUAGCCGUAAUUUGUACAUUCCUGGCAAACCGCUAUCCCGCUGCUAUUUCGUGUAAUGUACUCUUUUCCAUUCGAUCUACGCGAAACGCAAAACGCAAAACGAACGCUACCUGACGCUAAUAUUUAGCCCUCGAAUGUACUGUUGCUCCUGCUUACUUACUAGCAUACAGUUUUCUGUUUUUUUUUUUGUUUUGCAUAAACGUAACAAUCGUGUCAAGGUCAACCGUGAGUGGCACCAACUGGUGCACCAUCCUUACCUUUUUCCCACUCUCUAGGCUCAUAUGUUUUUUCGUAAUAGUUCUCGACGUUAAAUGUGCAACAAUUGUGCAGUGACAGAGGGCUGUUUACCGUUCAGCUUUCCCCGUUGGGGCCGCAAUUUUUUGGUGUGUUUAUACAUGGAUUUUUGUCGAAGAGAAACCCCCGGGGUGGGGGUUGAGGAAGAGAAACGAAAACGAAAAACGAAAAUGAAAAACAAACACUAACAAACAAAUAGCAAAUCAUAUCAGCAAAUCUCUCUAGUCACAAGAGCGAGCAACAGAAAGCAUAAAUUAUGACGCCAGUGUUAAAGCAAUAGAGACAUACAACAUGCACCGAAACUACCAGCAAACCGUUUCGUUGUUAACGUAUCGAAUGCUCAACUCAACAAUGGUCUAGUCUUGCUUCACAACGAAAAGGGAACGGAUUGCGCGGAGAUAAGUGAUGCCGACGAUAUAAAUCAACGCUAAAGCACAACGUAAACGUAUACAUAAAACACCUCCCCCCGAAACUCAAACCCCAUCUCAAACACAACGAUUAUUCAAACGCCAAUCAGCGAAUGAUCAACUUUAGAUUAAAAACCAAAACAAUCGAAACACACAGAGGAGAUAGAGAGAAAAGGCACAUGGUGGAUAAGCAGGAGGAGGAGGAGGUAGGCGAUGAAAAUCCAAAGUAUUACCAGUUACAAUCAGAAUCAGAGCUCUCGGCGAGAGUGUUUAUUAUUCUAUUGCCUGUUUUUUGCGCACGGUUCUCCUUUAACGAUACGAAAGACACACACACACACACUGCUGGUAGCAAACGCAACAUCGACGCAUCGACGGCCUGGUUCUAUACAUAUAAAUAUAUACACACAAAAUAUAAGAAGAAAACAAAACUGUUAGUGAGAUGAAGGACAUGACAUCAAUGGUAUGGCAUUUCGCAUUUACUCCGUAUGUGAAAGGGACCCCCGUUAGGAUCGAAUACGAGGAAGAGGAGGAGGCCGCCAAAAGUGGAAAAGCACCACGAACGCGUACAUAGAGUUGCGAUUCAACCUCCUGGCGUGGUCCUUGGUAACGCUUGGUUGCCAUUUUGGUAUUUUUAAAAGAUUAAGAAUUAACAAAAACGUAUGUCCAUUCUGUUGAUAAUCAACAGUUUGAUUAGAACCAAAUCCUUUCGGUGUAAGUUUUCCAGCGUAGAAUUUGUAAGACAUAAGGUCUCUCUCUCUCUCUUUCUCUUUCUCUCUCUCUCUCUCUCUUUUUCUUUCUUUCUCUCUCUUGAUCUUUCUCGAGCUCUUUCCUUAUCAUCCUUUCAUGGCCUUUUCAUCCUCGAUCGGCUCGGAUCUUGUACUUUUCGUAAGGCAUACAACAAGCAACACUUGUGCGCGGUCUUUUAUUAUAUUUACAAACCUUCACAACGCAGCUGGAGCUGGAGAGUUGAAUAUCAGCAUUGGAUUUAAUCAAAUUCUCUUCUACCUUCCUCCUUUUUCUGGAUUGGUUUGUUCAACUCGGCUUAUUCCAGUGUUCCAGGAGCAUCCGGAAUAUUUCCACUAUCUAACAGCGUAUGCGCCACGCUGCUAUUUCCGGUGGCUGUAUAAAAUCGUAGCACGUAGUAGGUCUACAAUGCCCAAACCAAAUCAAACCAAACCAACCCUGUACAUUUUAGCUAAAUCAAAUGAAUUGAAUGAUCAUUUUCAUAACUCCCUGGAUACUGGAGUGCGUUGGUCGAGCGCAAGGCGCAGAGGAACAAUGUGUGCCAGGUGGAUUAACUAUGCCUAAAUACUUUGCAACGCAAAAGCCAAAUGGUAUCAGAUUUGAAGCCACGGUUGUCAGUUUUGCACAACGAAAGCGUAACACUGGUCGCAGGGUCACGCAAACAGUGACUUUAACAUUGUUCAAGCAACAAUACAUUUCCCUUUCAACAGAGAAAAACAAAAACAAAAUAACUGAACUCUUC